AUGUUCCAGAUGACAGCAAACAUUUGCAGCCAACUUCGUUUACUUCUUUCUUUCGAAAAGUUUCAAGAUGUCGAACAUCAAAAGAAAGAAGACCAGAAAGCUGCGUGGUCAUGUGAGCCACGGACAUGGUCGUAUUGGCAAGCACCGCAAGCAUCCUGGUGGUCGCGGUAACGCUGGUGGUAUGCACCAUCACCGCAUCAACUUCGACAAAUACCAUCCCGGUUACUUCGGUAAAGUUGGUAUGAGAAACUUCCACUUGCGUCGCCAGCACAAAUUCUGCCCAACAAUCAAUUUGGACAAAUUGUGGUCGCUGGUUGGAGCUGAUAAAUUAGCUGAACUGCAAAAAGAGAAGAGCAACAAGGCACCCGUCAUCGAUUUGGUGCAAUUCGGUUACUACAAAUUGUUGGGUCGUGGACAUUUGCCUAAGCAGCCCGUUAUUGUUAAGGCCAAAUACUUUUCGAAAAAGGCUGAAGACAAAAUCAAGAGCGCUGGUGGUGUCUGCUUGUUGAGAGCUUAAUUUUAAUUUUAAGGUCCUGUUUCCAAUAAAACGUACAUGAAACAUCAAACGUAUGGAUUUUACAAUAAAAAUAGAAUUACAAAAAUU